ACACGUACACGAGGCUAACUGCUCAUUACAUGCUCAGUCACAGGGUGACAGAAAAAAAAAAGUCACCACCAUAAAAGGAUGUCUGCACAGCCUCUCUUAAAACAACAUGCCACAGUUAACUUACUUCAGUUUGGACAAGUACUGACAGCUACUACACAGAGACCCAAACGAGUCACUGAUAUACACCUUGACCACCACCAAUGGAUAUACAAAUGUCUAACAAUUUUACUACGCCCUCUGCAACUCCUCAGGGAAAUGACUGUGACCUCUAUGCACAUCACAGCACGGCCAGGAUAGUAAUGCCUCUGCAUUACAGCCUCGUCUUCAUCAUUGGGCUUGUGGGAAACUUACUAGCCUUGGUCGUCAUUGUUCAAAACAGGAAAAAAAUCAACUCUACCACCCUCUAUUCAACAAAUUUGGUGAUUUCUGAUAUACUUUUUACCACCGCUUUGCCUACACGAAUAGCCUACUAUGCAAUGGGCUUUGACUGGAGAAUCGGAGAUGCCUUGUGUAGGAUAACUGCGCUAGUGUUUUACAUCAACACAUACGCAGGUGUGAACUUUAUGACCUGCCUGAGUAUUGACCGCUUCAUUGCUGUGGUGCACCCUCUACGCUACAACAAGAUAAAAAGGAUUGAACACGCAAAAGGCGUGUGCAUAUUUGUCUGGAUUCUAGUAUUUGCUCAGACACUCCCACUCCUCAUCAAUCCUAUGUCAAAGCAGGAGGCUGAAAGGAUUACAUGCAUGGAGUAUCCAAACUUUGAAGAAACUAAAUCUCUUCCCUGGAUUCUGCUAGGGGCAUGUUUCAUAGGAUAUGUACUUCCACUUAUAAUCAUUCUCAUCUGCUAUUCUCAGAUCUGCUGCAAACUCUUUAGAACUGCCAAACAAAACCCACUCACUGAGAAAUCUGGUGUAAACAAAAAGGCUCUCAACACAAUUAUUCUUAUUAUUGUUGUGUUUGUUCUCUGUUUCACACCUUACCAUGUUGCAAUUAUUCAACAUAUGAUUAAGAAGCUUCGUUUCUCUAAUUUCCUGGAAUGUAGCCAAAGACAUUCGUUCCAGAUUUCUCUGCACUUUACAGUAUGCCUGAUGAACUUCAAUUGCUGCAUGGACCCUUUUAUCUACUUCUUUGCAUGUAAAGGGUAUAAGAGAAAGGUUAUGAGGAUGCUGAAACGGCAAGUCAGUGUAUCGAUUUCUAGUGCUGUGAAGUCAGCCCCUGAAGAAAACUCACGUGAAAUGACAGAAACACAGAUGAUGAUACAUUCCAAGUCUUCAAAUGGAAAGUGAAAUGGAUUGUAUUUUGGUUUAUAGUGAAGUAAACUGUAUGACAAACUUUGCAGGACUUUUCUUAUAAAGCAAAAUAAUUGUUCAGCUUCCAAUUAGGAUUCUUUUAUAUUUCUUUCAUUGGGCACUUUCCCAUCUCCGACUCAGAAGUAAGCCCAAGAGAACAACAUAAAGCAAAUAACAUAAAACACAAUAAAAAUGAAAAUAAAUAUUUCAUUUUUAUUUGUAAAUGAAUACACCAAAAGGAGACGCUCUUAAUAACUCCCAAUGUAAAAAGUUUUGUUUUAAUAUAAAAUUUAAUUAUUUCUUGCCAACAAAUGGCUAAAGAAAAAGGACUGAAUAGAUUAUAUAUUGCCAGAUGUUAAUACUGUAACAUACUUUUUAAAUAACAUAUUUCUUAAACCCCAAUUUCUCUCAAUGUUAGAUUUAAUUCCCUCAAUAACACCAGUGUUUUGUUUUGUUUUGUUCUGAGUCAUAAAACUUUGUUAAAGAACUCUUUUGGAAUAAAGAGCAGGAUGUUGCAAA